UGCUUGUGAAGCGAAGUGCUGAGGCCUUGGCCAGUGGGAAAGUCCUUCGCCGCGCGGAAUGAACGGCGAGCACAGGCGCCCAAUAGAGUCGGUCAGGUAAAGACCUGCAAGCCCAAUUCCCCCCAAAAGAAGGCGCAACCCGACAACUCGAGGACCAGAUGGCACCAGCGAUAGACGAAAUGCCACAUGAAACGCUUCCAAUUUGGCACCCAAAAGCAAUUCAUGCCACAUCUUGACAAGAUGUGGCAUGCAAGAUUCUUGUGUCACCACCGUGAGCGUGGGCAGCUUCCGUCGCAGAGUGCGCAUGCUUCUUGGACCAAAGUUUGGUCAAGAUGUAUGCUGGGCCUGAGCUAAAAGGCAGGCCCAUUUGACCGAUGCAUGCCGCGGGUUUCGUUCGAGUCUCCAGGGUCUAGGAGUUAUGGAUACACCUUCGGAUAGUCCACACCAAUCGCGCACGCCACUUGUCAGUCGCCUACACGUUGGGGGAAAGCGUCUUCCCCCCCUCCGCGUAGCGUACAUGCAGUCUUCCGAAGACUACAUGUACGCUACGCGGAGUCCAACGACCUCGCCCGGCCCGUAAUCGUAAGUUUGGAUGGAUCCCAAAUGUUGCACAGCCAAAUUUAUUCCUAUGGCUCCACGUCGUCACGCUCGCUGUUAAUAAGCGACUGUGUGCAACGAUGGUGGCAUGGCCUUGAAGCGGGGCGCACCGCACCGAGACUACCUCGCCGAUUCGGCGCCAAAAUUGACCAAGUGAUCCCAAGAUUUGUGGCGAGGUUGAACCUACUGCAACGCGUGUAAUAUUAUCGCAGGACAUGUGCCUUGAGCUCCGAUAGUUUCGCCUGCCUACAGUGCUCCGCUUGGUGGAGCGUGCUGCGAACGCAAAUAUAAUACAUGUAGUCGGUCAUCACUUCGGCGGUCCUGCAGUUCAGGAAGCAGAGAGAGAGAGAGCAUCAAACCGUGGGAUGACGAUUCAGAAACUGAAAUGUGUGGAACAUGUAAAUGGGCUAGGAAAGUCAAGCUGUAUUAUUUAUAAAACGGCUUCUUCGACCCCAUAAUGAUGUCGAGGAAAUCAACGUCCAGCCGCGGCAGGCAGCUUGAUAAUGGCCGCUCGGCCGCCCUACGAGCUGGAGCAACCUCGACAACAGCAGACAGAGGCUUUGUCGAAUUCCACCCCUCCAUGUCACUGGAGAAUGCACCAACGCUGGCCGAUUGUCUUGUAGUGCCUUCUGAAGCCACGACCAUUUCAAAAAUCAAACAUCAACCUCUGUCCGCACCAUACACAAAUGAGGCAACGCUGGAGAGUAUCCUCGCGGAUCGCCUUCACGUGUGGACUAAGGUGGCGGAGAUGAUCGAGAAACUUGGGCCUAUGGAAGCCUACCAAGGAGACGUUCACGCCCUGCAGAAGCUGCUGCAGCUCCACAUUCUGUGCAAGCAGCGCGAGACGCAUCUACGCACUCUCCAGCUUACUCUGCUGCAGGAAGGACGUUCUGUUCCAUGCGUUAAAGCCAUACCGGUAACUCUCAGCAAUAAUGACAAUGAAGACGACCAAGACAUCGACCCACCAAACGCGAAUCACAUCGAGUGGCAAGAAGAUCAAGAGCGACACCUUGAUAUUGUGGACUAUGGCGCCAUGGAUUUGAUUGAGCUAUCGGAACAAUUCUCGUAA